AUGGUCGGUCAAGGUAAACCUGUUUUAUUAAGAUUAGGGAAUAUUAAUUUUGCACAAGAUGUCUGGGAUCAAUUCAGUGAUACUGUGGAAGUUCUGACUUUAAAUCCAGAUACCACUCGUGAAGAUUUCAUUAAAGAAUUGAAAAAUCCAAAUGGUAAAUUUGCAAAAGUUAGUGUAAUUACAAGAACUUAUCAUAGUUAUUUGCAGACUGGUAGAUUUGAUAAAGAAAUUGCUGCAGCUUUGCCAGAUUCAGUUAUAGCUGUAUGUCAUACUGGUGCAGGUUAUGAUCAAAUUGAUACCCAAUACUUCACAGAAAGAAAAAUUCAAGUUUCUCAUUGUCCAAACGUAGUCAAUGCAGCUACAGCUGAUGUUCAUGUUUUCUUACUUUUGGGUGCUUUGAGAAACUUUGAAUAUGGUCAUCGUAACUUAUUAGCUGGUAAAUGGCCCUCAUCUGGCGCUGGUGCUGGUGCUCCUUUUGGUCAUGAUCCUGAAGGUAAAACCGUGGGUGUCUUAGGUUUAGGUGGUAUAGGUCGUGCUAUCGUUAAAAGAUUACAACCUUUUGGUUUCAAAAAGUUUAUCUACCAUAACAGAACUAGACUUUUUCCAGAACUAGAGAAUGGAUGUGAAUAUGUUUCGUUCAAUGAACUGUUGGCUCAAUCAGAUGUCAUUUCUAUUAAUGUCCCAUUGAAUGCAAAUACAAGACAUUUAGUCAAUGAAGAAGCAAUCAACAAGAUGAAAGAUGGUGUGGUGUUGGUUAACACUGCUCGUGGUGCAGUCAUCGAUGAGCAAGCAAUGAUUAAACAUUUAAAGACUGGUAAGAUCAGAUCUGUAGGUUUAGAUGUAUUCGAACAUGAACCUGAAGUUCCACAAGAAUUAUUGGAUAUGCCCCAGGUUGUUGCAACACCACACAUGGGUACGUACUGUGUUGAAACUUUAAGAAAUAUGGAGAUCCACGUAGUAGAUAAUUCUAAAAGUGCAUUGAAAACCGGUAAGGUGAUUAGUCUUGUACCAGAAAUGCAAAGCGAAACUUGGGUUAGCGAUUGCAAACCAAUCUUAUAA